UUGUUGUCAGGCUUCGUGAGGGUGAUUUUAUUCAUUGUCCUGUUCACAUUUUGAAAAACUAAAUUGUGGAAUAACGGCGUAAUUGGCUUUAGUUUUUAAUGUGCUGUUGAUCUGUGGUUGCAAAGGGAAGCUAGCUCUGGCUAACGAAUAUUUACAAAAAAAACCAAGAUGGAUUAUUUAAUCUGAGAGACGUUAAACUUCUAAAGUGUAUUUAUCCAAAAAUUUGAUGAAUUCCUGCGUUACAGCAGCCAAAGCAGUAAACACAACCUUUAAGAGAUUACCAAAAACAAAGUAGAAUAAUUUAAAGUGGUGUCAUUGUGUUUACGGUGUGUGCAGUUGUGUUCAUGCGCAUUUGUGCCUGCAUGUGAAAGUGGCCUUUAAUGUUUGUUUAAUGUGUUUAUGUCUUUGCUUUAUCAUUUUUCUCAGUGCAUAAAUUAUUUUUCUUCUUCUUCUUCUUUUUUUUUUUUUUAUUAACUGGUUAGAAAUACUAUGAACCUGCCAGGAACGUGUAUGGCUUAAUCUGGCACAUUUACAUGGAGCUGAGUGCUCAUGUUAAUUCAUAUUCCUUGUCCCUUUUAAACAUAAUAAAUAUCAGUAAACCAGUAAAUUUGUUUUCUUCACAUGCAGGCUAUGAUCAGCUGACCUGUGUCACUGAAUUCAACACAAUAGCAAGACAGGCUCCCCUUUUUGUUUUUCUUGUAUAUUUGAAUGUCUGCUGAUGACACAAUCAUGAAGGUGAACAAACACAUACAGGUAAAGGGUAAAUCUCACAAGUGGAAGGAUGCGAGGGGUAAACGGUGCAGGCGUCCUGUCGGCUCCUCUGAUCUUAACUCUAGUCCAGUUGUGGCCAGCAUGGUAAAGGAGCACCAGGAGUCUGUGAGGAAAAAACCCUCCGUCAAGAGGCUGAAAAAUAAGACAAAGUCUGUCUCUGACCACAAGAAUGUCUCUUCUGAGUCUGGAUUUAAAAAGUCACACACUCAAGCUAAUGGAAGCUCAGUGUAUACCUUAGACAAUGACUCAGAUAACUCGCAGGACUGGAAGGAGUACUCCCAGUCAGUUCAUGGCAAUGGUGUGGCGAGCUCGGUUGACACUGAGGACGUCAGAACGGGUAGACUGGAGGGAGAGGCUCUCCAUCACUGCGCGCUGAGAGACGUUCGGCAAAACCGCGCAGUACUUGUCAUGCAGAAGGAUCAGACGCUGUGUUUCCGUGGAAAGUGCCUUCUGACCUGUCUGUACGGUCGUGUAGAAGUGAUGGGAUUCACGAUCGAAGAGGGUCAGCAGUCGUAUUCACUUUUCUCCCCAGCAUCACAUUGUCCAAUUAGUAUUAGAGGAUUAGAAAGCGUCAGAGCGUUGGAAAACAGAAACGAGGCAUCGCAAAUCCUCCAAAAGUAUCUCACACAAGCAUCACGGAAGAAGUUGUUAAAAAGCAUAAUGACAAACUCGUCCAUCAUCCUGCUGGAACCCAUCGAGACGCCUAUGACGCGGUUUCUUUCCAGCUUUCCAGAUCUCAGCGAAUUGUUCAACCUCCCGGUGAGUGAACUCAUGUCAGCUAUUCUUGACACUCCGCUCAACGGUUUGGGUAUGAUUCCUCUGGCCAGCUCCUCCGAAGGCCUGAAAAUGUCACAGAGCUACAGAGCUGCUCUGAACACAGUGGUCAGUGCGUGCAAAGGCAACAUGGACGGUUCUGCUGUUAUCCUGGUGUGCGGCAUCAAGAAUGUGGGCAAGUCAACAUUUAUCCGCGUCCUCAUUAACACCUUACUGAAUUACACCGCUAGUGUCGACUAUUUGGAAGGUGACCUUGGUCAAACAGAGUUCACCCCUGCUGGUUGCCUGUCCUUAAUGACUGUCAGAGAACCACUUUUGGGCCCUCCUUUCACACAUCAGCACACUCCAGAUCACAUGAUCUACUACGGUCAGUCAUCAUGCGAGUCAGACUUAGACCGGUACCUGGAAUCUCUGAAGUCCUUAUGGUGUAGACGCUCCCAGAGCAGAGAGGCCCCUGUUAUUAUCAACACUAUGGGCUGGGUCAAAGGAUUCGGAUUCCAGCUGCUGGUUGACAUGAUCCGCUUCUUCCCAGUCUCGCAUGUUGUCCAGCUCAGUCACAGCGGUACGAUCCAGUGCCCCGCCCUCACUUCAGAGUUUCUGAAGACAGCAGACGGCUGUCAGACACACCCGCCCACCCAGACCGCACUGGACGAGUUUACAGAAAGCUACAGUCCUGCCAAAAUCUACACUCACCUUAAUGUACAAGCGGAGUUUCAAGGAGUUGGGCGUCAAGGAACAGCGAAACACCAGCGCAGUAAUGAGCAGAGAGAUCUAUCUCUGCUAGCCUAUCUGAGUCAGCUGCAGUCCCCUGACCCUGGACCAGUCAGACCUCUGCACAGCCUCGUACCAUACCAGGUGCCGCACACAGUGGUGGCUUUAGGUGUGACGCACUGCGAUGUGGCGCCCACGCACAUGUUCUAUGCUGCCAAUGGGAGUCUGGUUGGACUCUGCUGCCUGGCAGAGAAAGUAGCAAGCAAGGGAGGUCCAGUUUUUCUCUCCCAGGCACCCAUCUGUCCGUGUGUGGGUUUAGGUGUGCUCCGAGGUAUUGACAUGGCACGAGGUCUCUACUUCCUGCUGACACCCGUAGAGCCCUCCGUCCUUCGUAAGGUCAACUGCCUCCUCUUGGGAGGAAUUUCAUUGCCUUCGUGCAUCCUCACAGCACAGCCGGACUUUGAGGGCGGGGUGCCCUACCUCACUACAGACUACAGUUUUGAUCUCACUGGAGCGGGAAAGCUGCGAGUCUUCAAGGGACUGAUGAGGCCCAGUCAAAUGGGAACCCAGUGACAUUUCUGCAUUGUUUUAUUGCCCUUUACAUUUCCACACAGGUCAGCGCUGGCCUUUGAAUGUACAGAACUGAGGUCGAGUUGGGACUUUUUUUUUUUUUUCCUCUCUCCUAAUUUUAGGAUUCAUACUCUGAUCUUGCUGGACUUCAUUUAUAAGAACCCUCAUCAGUUGUUUGAUGGUGCUGUGAAGGUGUUUGGUGUUUCCUCUCACGCAAACAGUAAAAUAAUGACACAUUGUAGUUAAAAGCUUUUGUUUGGUGUCUCUCUUUUGUAGGUGACAUUCCAAAACUUAAAUACCUGCCAGAUAUUAAAUGAGAAACCGCUGUUUUUUUUUUUCAGACUUUGUGGUUUUUACCUUCAACAGCUUUUUAGUUCGUCACUGGUGUUGUUACAGCUGAUAUCUAAAUCUCAUAAUCCUAUAUCCAUGUAAAGUUCAGCCAAUUUAAUAGCCAUUUAUCACUGUAUUCAGUAUUUUCCCUGAUCCAGACAAGAAAUGUCAUUGUUGACAGCUGUUUUGUUAUAAAGUAUCCAAUAAAGAUACAACAAAAGAAGAAGGUUACAGGAUGCAGUUGCAAAGAUGUCUUUCAGUUGAGCUCAGCUGGAUUAACAAAGAAAACCCAACAACAGUUUGGCCUGCAUUGUUUGUAUGCCAGUCAAAGCUUUUCCUGAAAUGUCUCCAUUUUUAUUGCUGUCUUUUACAUUUGUUACUGCACUUAAGGCCAUUCAAGAGGUUUUGUUUACGAUUCCUUAUAUUGACUUAUGUGGGAUGAAAAUA